CUCCAAGGUCGUACUCCUCCUCAAUCGUCACCCUCCCGUCCCAUCUCCAUCCUCCCCCACCUCGCAUAUACUACAUCUCUUUACGCUUACACACACACUUACUCAGCCCCCAUCUCCCCGUCGCCAAAGCACACACCCCAAACACGCAUACACGCACACAGACAGAAGGUCACAGAAGACGCGCAACCGUUGGGCAUUCCAUCCAACAAGGACGCACAGCAUCCCGCACAUCUCGGCCGGCCGUGCAACACGUUGGUGGACUCUCCCUCCGGUUGAUAGCGACUCCGACGACCUCGUAGCAACACGUCCACGACCCAUCACACCCAAACCCACCCCCCAUCUACCCUCCCCACACCUCGUCCCCGCCAUGGCCGACGAAUCGCUACUGCCCCAGCUCGAUAAGCUAAAACUGUCGCCGUCGGCAGGGCCCGCCCCUCCCGACAACGACGCCGACGCCGCGGCGGCACCCAGCACGGGACCACCGCAACAAGAGCAGCUGACCGAGCAACAUCCAGCCGACACGCUACUUCCAUCAACAAGCGUCAACGCAGCAGCAUCACCGUCAGCACCUCUGGCAGCAACCGCGCAGCCGCCGACGUUGUCGCCGCCCCCAUCAUCGGCUGCAAAUGUUUCCAGACCCAGCCCGCUUCCCACGUCACCGAGCACUGCGUCUCCUUCUGUAGCACCAGCCCUCGCUUCAUCAACAUCAUCGGCUAAUCACCUCGCGUUUGCUCAACGACCUGGUCAGCAUGCCCAGCCUGGAGCAGCAGCAGCAGCAGGCAUUGCACGUCCGGCUGGCUUCGGCGGCCCCAUAGCGGGCCGUCCGCCAGCUGGAGCUGGUGUCCCAGGCCGGCCUCCACCACGGGGACUACAAGGUCCCAUGGGCAUGCGCGCGCCGAUGGGUAUGGGUGCUGUUGGGGGAGGGGGUGCACCUGCGCAGUUGCAGACCCGUCUGCCACCGUCACUGCAGGCCAAGAUGGAUAAGCUCGCAGCACAACGGUCGUCGGCUCCCAGCCCAAUGGCGAGCAAUGGUGUCGGACCAAAUCCGCAGGCAGCGUCCAUGGGUGCACUACUACGGCAGCAGGCCAUGCGGUCAAUGGGCCAGCCUAUUCCGGGUGCUGCCGGGCCGCCCGCCGUGGGACCGAACGCCGGUCCGCUGGGCCUCGCGGCGCGACGUGCCGGGCGUCCACUCAUGAGCCUGAAUAGUCCAAGUGGUCCCCCUCGAGCGCUGCCUGGAGCGGCUCGUGGAGGGAUCGCAGGUCGAAGAGGACCGCCUGGCGGCCUCUCGCUCGCGCAGUUGGGCGGCGGCGGCCAGGAGCCUGCACACGAGACGUCCAAGUUUUCCGACUUCAACCAAAUCAUGGACCCGUCAGGAUCGCUCAAGUUCUCAAAGGCUGUGUUGCACGCUGGCGGCGUGGACUUUGGAGACGGCCAGAGCUUCAAGAUCAACAUGGACGAGAUGGAGGUGCUCGGCGAGCUAGGCAAGGGCAACUACGGCUCGGUGCAAAAGGUGUACCACCGACCCACGGGGGUGAUGAUGGCCAUGAAGGAAAUUCGCCUCGAGCUCGACGAGUCCAAGCUGAACGGCAUCAUCAUGGAGCUCGACAUUUUGCAUCGCGCCGUCGCCCCCGAGAUUGUCGAGUUCUACGGCGCGUUCACCAUCGAGUCCUGCGUCUACUACUGCAUGGAGUACAUGGACGCUGGAUCGCUCGACAAGCUCACUGGAACGGGCCAGGUUGUCAAGACAGCUACCAGUCCCGGUGAAGAGGAGCGCGACCUGCUCGUGCCGGAGCCUGUGCUGAGGAGAAUAACCGCUGCGAUCGUCCGCGGCCUGAGCUUCCUCAAGGACGAGCUGCAGAUCAUGCACCGCGACGUUAAGCCGACCAAUGUUCUCAUCAACACCAAGGGCGAGGUCAAGCUCUGCGACUUUGGCGUUUCGGGCCAGCUCGAAAAGUCGCUAGCAAAGACCAAUAUCGGUUGUCAGAGCUACAUGGCACCCGAGCGUAUCAAGGGCGAGUCGCAGAACCAGGUGUCGACUUACACCGUGUCGUCGGACGUGUGGUCUGUCGGUCUGUCGAUCAUCGAGAUUGCAAAGGGCACCUACCCGUAUCCACCCGAGACGUUUGCCAAUGUGUUCGCCCAGCUCACUGCCAUUGUCAACGGCCCUGCGCCGACGUUGCCCAAGGGCUACAGCGCGGAUGCGCACGACUUUGUGGCCAAGUGUCUGCUCAAAGACCCGAACCAGCGCCCAACGUACGCACAGCUGCUUGAGCACCCGUUCCUCAAGGCGGACAAGGACGCCGACGUCGACAUGGCCGGCUGGGUGGCUUCGGCGAUGGAGAGACAAAGCCAUCGGGGCGUUGUGCCUCUGCAGGAGGUCGAGGUGUGAGCGUGGCGAGGGAGUGGCGAGAAAGAGCGGGUCUCAGGGAGCGCCCGCGAUGAAACAGCAACGACGACGACACCACGAGGAGGUCAGGGCGGCCCAGAAGAGGCCGUCAGCUAGCAGCAUGUGAACAACACCCAAAGCAAACAUUCGCACGUUCUGUAUAUCAUCGGUACUUGCAUACCUCUAGGGCAUGAUGUAACAGCAUAGCUAGGGG